CAGGGCAGCAACCAGGUCCAACGGGCCCCCAGAGCGUUGUUCUGUCUGAAGCUCAACAACCCGAUCCGACGCGCCGCACUUCACAUUGUCGAGUGGAAACCGUUCGAUAUCUUCAUCCUGUUAGCCAUCUUUGCUAACUGUGUGGCUCUGGGAGUUUCCAAACCAUUUCCUGAAGAUGACUCCAACUCCACCAACCAUGACCUGGAACAAGUGGAGUACGUCUUCCUCAUAAUCUUCACCAUAGAGACCUUCCUGAAGAUCCUGGCCUACGGUCUGGUGAUGCACCCCAGCUCCUACAUCCGUAACGGCUGGAACCUACUGGACUUCGUCAUCGUCAUUGUUGGGUUAUUCAGCGUCGUCCUGGAGACGAUGACUCAUAAGUCAAGUGGUGAGCAGGCAACCACUCACCACAUGCCAGGGAAGCCGGGAGGCCUGGACGUCAAGGCUCUGAGAGCCUUCAGGGUGCUGCGACCCCUCAGGCUGGUCUCUGGAGUCCCCAGUCUGCAGAUCGUCCUGAACUCCAUCAUGAAGGCAAUGGUUCCUCUGCUACACAUCGCUCUAUUGGUUCUCUUCGUCAUCAUCAUCUAUGCCAUCAUUGGCUUGGAACUCUUCAUUGGACGUAUGCACAGGACCUGCUAUUACAUCGGGACAGAUAACUACGUGGAGGACGAGCCGGUGCCGUGUGCGUUUGCCGGAUAUGGCCGCCAGUGCACUGUGAACGGCUCGGAGUGUCGGGGCCGGUGGGACGGUCCCAAUGGUGGAAUUACCAACUUCGAUAAUUUCUUCUUUGCCAUGUUGACGGUGUUUCAGUGCAUCACCAUGGAGGGAUGGACCGAUGUGCUGUACUGGAUGAACGACGCCAUUGGCUUUGAGCUGCCCUGGGUAUAUUUUGUCAGUCUAGUGAUUUUUGGAUCCUUCUUUGUUCUGAAUCUGGUUUUGGGAGUCCUCAGCGGAGAGUUCAGUAAGGAGAGGGAGAAGGCCAAGGCCCGGGGAGACUUCCAGAAGCUCCGGGAGAAGCAGCAGAUGGAGGAGGAUCUGUGUGGAUACAUGGACUGGAUCACUCAGGCGGAGGACAUGGAUGAACUGGACGAGGACGGUAACCCACGGCCGUCCCUGGGGGAUCUGUCCGAUAAGAAGAGGAAGUUUGGCUGGUUCAGUCACUCCAACGACACUCAUGCGAGUCUUCCAGCGAGUGAGACGGCUUCAGAGAACACGGAGAACAUCGAUGAAGAACACACCAACUGCUGUCAAGCCUGCUGUGCUUCUGUGAUGAAGAUCAGCUGCUGCCGGACGUUGCGUCGCUGGAACCGAGUCUGUCGCAGGAACUGCCGCACCGCUGUCAAAUCGGUGACAUUCUAUUGGCUGGUUCUCCUGCUGGUCUUUCUGAACACCUCACUCAGCGCCUCCGAACACUACAACCAGCCCGACUGGCUGACUCAAGUCCAGGACAUCGCCAACAAGGUGCUGCUGUCUCUCUUCACGGUGGAGAUGCUGCUGAAGAUGUACAGCUUGGGUCUGGCGCAUUACUUCGUGGCCUUCUUCAACCGCUUUGACUGCUUUGUGGUGUGCGGUGGGAUCAUCGAGACCAUCCUGGUGGAGCUGGAGAUCAUGCCUCCUUUGGGAAUCGCUGUGCUGCGCUGCGUCCGCCUGCUGCGCAUCUUCAAGGUCACACGCCAUUGGACGGCUCUGUCCAACCUGGUGGCCUCCCUGCUGAACUCCAUGAAAUCCAUUGCCUCCCUGCUGCUGCUCCUCUUCCUCUUCCUCAUCAUUUUCGCUCUGCUCGGCAUGCAGUUGUUCGGAGGAAAGUUUAACUUCGAUGAGACACAGACCAAGCGGAGCACUUUUGAUGCUUUCCCGCAGGCGCUGCUCACCUGCUUCCAGAUCCUGACAGGUGAGGACUGGAAUGUGGUCAUGUACGACGGCAUCAUGGCGUACGGCGGCCCUGUGUUCCCAGGGAUGAUCGUCUGCGUUUAUUUUGUCAUCCUCUUCAUCUGUGGCAACUACAUCCUGCUGAAUGUCUUCUUGGCCAUUGCCGUGGACAAUCUGGCUGGAGGCGAUGGGGAUGACAAGAAGAAAGAAAAGAAGACGGAGGGUGAGGGAGAGCAGGAGGCCGAAGGAGAAGUGAAGGUGGACAUCGAUGAAGAUACAGAGUAUGAGGAGGAAGAGGAGCUUCCUGAAGGAGAAGACGAUGGAGGCGUCCAGCUGAAGAUGGCCGACCUUGCUCCUCCUAAAGAGAAAGUUCUUCCCAUCCCAGACGGCAGCGCCUUCUUCUGUCUCAGCAAAACAAACCCGAUCCGUGUCGCCUGCCACACGCUCAUUCAUCACCACAUCUUCACCAAUCUCAUCCUCGUCUUCAUCAUCCUCAGCAGCUGCUCAUUGGCUGCUGAGGAUCCAAUCAGAGCGCACUCCUUCAGGAACAACAUUCUGGGUUACGCUGACUACGCCUUCACCUCCAUCUUCACCGUGGAGAUUCUGCUGAAGAUGACGGUCCACGGCGCGUUCCUCCACCAGGGAUCCUUCUGCAGGAACUGGUUCAACCUGCUGGACCUCCUGGUCGUCAGCGUCUCACUCGUCUCCUUCUUCCUGCACUCCAGCGCCAUCUCUGUGGUGAAGAUUCUUCGAGUCCUCAGGGUGCUGCGACCUCUCAGAGCCAUCAACAGGGCCAAAGGGCUGAAGCAUGUGGUCCAGUGUGUGUUUGUGGCCAUCCGGACCAUCGGGAACAUCAUGAUCGUCACCACGCUGCUGCAGUUCAUGUUCGCCUGCAUUGGCGUCCAGCUCUUCAAGGGGAAGUUCUACCGCUGCACCGACGAGGCCAAGAGCACUCCGGAACAGUGCAAAGGAACCUUCGUCGUCUACAAGGACGGAGACGUGAGCCACCCCAUGGUCAGGGAGCGCAUCUGGCUGAACAGUGACUUCAACUUCGACAACGUCCUGAUGGGGAUGAUGGCGCUCUUCACCGUGUCCACCUUCGAGGGCUGGCCCGCACUCCUCUACAAAGCCAUCGACGCCAAUGGCGAGAACUCAGGACCGAUCUACAACUACCGGGUGGAGAUCUCCAUCUUCUUCAUCGUCUACAUCAUCAUCAUUGCCUUCUUCAUGAUGAAUAUCUUCGUGGGUUUUGUCAUCAUCACCUUCAGAGAGCAAGGAGAGCAGGAGUACAAGAACUGUGAGCUGGACAAGAACCAGCGUCAGUGCGUGGAGUACGCCCUGAAGGCUCAGCCUCUGAAACUCUACAUCCCAAAGAACCCGGUUCAGUACAAGUUCUGGUCCAUCAUCAACUCCACGGGGUUCGAGUACGUCAUGUUCGUCCUGAUUCUGCUCAACACCGUCACACUGGCUGUGCAGCACUACGAGCAGUCCAAGACCUUCAGCUACGUCAUGGACAUCCUCAACAUGGUCUUCACCGGACUCUUCACCGUAGAGAUGCUGCUGAAGCUUCUGGCCCUGCGGCUCCGGCACUACUUUGUGGACGCCUGGAACUCCUUCGACGCUCUAAUCGUGGUCGGCAGUGUGGUGGACAUCGUGGUGACAGAGUUCAGUAGCGGCGAGGACAGCUCCAGGGUGUCCAUCACCUUCUUCCGCCUGUUCCGAGUGAUGCGACUGGUCAAGCUCCUGAAUAAAGGGGAGGGGAUUCGCACACUGCUGUGGACAUUCAUCAAAUCACUGCAG